AUGGCAAGCUCGAGGAAAACGUCUCAGCCCAACGAAGUGGCUCAAUUGGUCGCUCAAAUCCCACCUGUAACCCGCUCAGUGCUGUUGGCUUUCAUCGUGCUGUACACAUUCAUGAGGGCCGAAAUUGUGUCUUACGAAUGGUUGUGUUUCCAGCCGUACGAUGCAUUCAUGAAAAUGCAGAUCUGGAGGGUUUUCACCGGUCCUUUGAUCAUCUUCAAGGGCAAAAUGGGGACUCUUUUCACGCUUUUCGAGUUCUACACCCACUCGUCACAUUUGGAAACUUAUCAUUUCUCCGGCAAAGAGAACGCCGAGUACGUGUACUUGGUCUGUGUGCUGCUGGCAGGCGUGGUGAGCGCCGUGACGGUGUUGCAAAUCCAGUGUCCAUUCACGCUCGUGGAGGGAUUCAUGGCCUCUCUGACCUGUCUGUGGAGCAUCAAAAACUGGAACACACCUUUGAUGUUCUACGGAUUGUUUCCAAUCAAGGGCAAAUACAACCCGCUGCUGCAGCUUUUCCUCUCGUACCUCUUUGACGAUGAACAGCAGACCCUCCCAGUUAUAGUGAUCGGUCUCGUUGUGGGCUACGUGUACAACUGUCUGGAUACGAAGUCUCUGGGGCCGCUUUACGGAUACGUGAGAGGCUCCGCGCAGGGCUAUGGACUCGUCAACGAUGGUCAUUUCCGGGCCCCCAGAUGGUUGACUGGCAUUUGGGGGUUUUUGGUGAACAACCGACGUCGCACGGUCAACGUGAUAGUCAAGAAUACCCAUUCAUAUCAAGGUCAAGGUCGUAAACUGGGAAACAAACAGGAACCCAUCAACACUGCUGAACGUGAAGCUACAAAGACCCGUGAAGAACGGGCAGCUGCUGCAGCAGCUGCCCGGGCCAAAAGUGCCCCCACUGAAAAUGCCAAAAAUCUCAAUUUUCGCGGUACCGGUCAGCGUGUUGGAUCAAACUGA